CAGACAACAACAUCGCGCACACACGACACGGAAAAGGGACUGACUGUGCCAAACGGGCGAGAGAAUAGGACGAUCGCGGAAUCACGGCGCGCGGUGCGGUGAAUCCUGCGGAACAUUUAAGGACACGGACUUCGGAGUGUGGACGCGCGCGCGUCGCCAGUGGACUGUGAAGUCCUGAACCGUGUGAUCGAUUUGCAUAAAUGAAACCAUUAGACGCCGUGUGUGGUGGCAUGUAACGUGUGUGUGCCGUGACUGGUCGGGUGAAUGAACAGUUUUUGCCAAGUUUAAAGUACACCGAAGGAGCAACCUGCCUUCCUAUACAGUGAAUGAGUGAGGGAGGAAGCAAUUUGAAGGCUAAUUUUCUCGUCAACACGCGAAGACGGCGGAAAAGUUGCAAAUCGCCAAAUUGACCAUCGGCAAAUUUGUGCCCACUGAAGUUUUCCUCGAAGGAAAUCGAUUUCGACUAGAAGAACCAUCAAGAGUGUAGUGUGGUUGGGAGAUUCGAGCGACCCGAUAGUGGCCCAAUCCGUAAUCGAGGUCGGGUCAGGAUUUAUUCGGUUCGGUCCGUGGUUUUAUGGUUUUUCAUUAAUUUUCCCUGUGUUUUAUUGGCAUUUCGGUUGGCCACGUGACUCAGUGCGUGUGUUUCGUGAUCAGUUUCGUGCGUGUAGAAAUCAGUGAAAAGUGUGGCUCCACCACCGGCGGCGGCCGAGCGAGAAUAGAGAAAUGAUAAAUAAUUCUAAUUAGGAUAUAAAUGUUGUUGGUGUGAUCCAAGCGAAGGGGCGCCCAAAAUAAGUUGUACGAAUUCUAAUUAGCAGAGUGUAUGCCGAUUGUGCCGGAGAACUGAUCCUGAAGUCCCCUGCCCGCCAAACGUUCGUGAUAUGGUUGAUAUCGAGUUAAUGAUGCCAGGUACGAAGAGUAAGGCCUUUCCCGAGGGGCAAAACAAAUCACUAUAGAUUAUAAAGUUAAUGUCGCGAAUAAUGACGUACGACGGCUUCGGUGGUCGGUGCCAGCGAUAACGACCAGUAAGAGAACUCGCCUCUGAAUUCGAAACGAAAAUUUGGAUCGAAGAAAGGAAGUUUACGAGCCGGGUUUGACUUUUUUGAUUGACGACGACACGAGCUCUCGCUGGGGGGCUGCUCGCAGUAUGAGAGGCAGUAGCGGAGACGAAUCGGACUCUUCGCGUGGAAUUCCUUCCAACCUAGAAGUGCCUCCGGGACUGCAGGUGAUCCCGCUGAACCACCUUCACAACGGUGGCGGUGGUGGAACGGUGGAUGAACUGGCCCAGCACGAGCGGCUUAAGCAACUACAGAGCGCGGAGCAGUUCCUGCUGCAGAUGGCACGCCUACAGCGUCCACCACCGCCCGAUCUGGACAUUCGCAGCGGUUCGGUAGUGGCGAGCAAACCCAUCCCCAAGGGCACCCAGUAUGGGCCCUUUUUGGGCAAAUUUUUCCGGGAUUCGUUGGACCGACGGGAGUUUAUGGAUAUGAACCUGCGCGGCUGGCUGGAUGCCACGCUCGAAUCGGCCAACUGGUCCCGGAACAUCCGCAGCACCAGCAGCCUGGCGGAAGUGAACGUGCAACAGUACUUUAAGGAUGGUUAUCAAUGGUACGAAGUGAUAUGUGAUAUCAGCCCGGGACAGGAGCUACUGCUGAGGCCACGGGUUCCACCGCCUUCGUCCUCAUCGCACCGGGAACUGGCCGACGACAGUCGGGGAUCCGGUUCCCAGCACAGCGAAGCGUUCGAAGACGAGUACAACACCUCGACGGAUUUCGAUUCUAGUCUCCACCACAAGGAUCAUUUACAUCACAACAAUAACAAUAAUAACAGCAGCGGUAGCAACCAUCAUAACGUCGACCAGAACAGUCGCAACAGUAGCAGCAAUAGUAACAUCAGUGCCGGUGGUGGUGCUGGUGGUGGUGGUAGCGGCGGUCUCGGCGGCGAGCAGGAUCAGAACGCGGACGCCGACGACGACGACGAGGAGGGCAUCGAUGCGCGGUGCGUCGUCUGCGAUCGACAGUGUCACGAUAUCGAUCAACUCGACGAUCAUCUGGUGAUUUCGCACCACUACCCAAAGGACGCCUAUCGGUGCGAGCUCUGCCCGAGGGCGUACUGCUAUCGACCGUCGCUGCUGCGGCACCGGGCCAUCGUUCACGGUGAAAUCCGGCGGUACCCCUGCGAGAAUUGUCCCAAGGUAAGUAACUGUGUCUUUACCGAUCCAUCCAACCUCCAGCGACACAUCCGUACCCACCACGUUGGAGCCCGGAGCCACGCGUGUCCCGAGUGUGGAAAAACUUUCGCAACCUCGUCCGGUCUGAAGCAGCACACCCACAUCCACUCGUCGGUCAAGCCGUUCCAGUGCGAGGUCUGCCUGAAGGCUUACACCCAGUUUUCGAACCUCUGCCGGCACAAGCGCAUGCAUGCCGACUGCCGCAUGCAAAUCAAGUGCAACAAGUGCGGACAAAGUUUCAGCACCGUAACGUCGCUCUCCAAGCACAAGCGAUUCUGUGAUUCGACCUCCGUCGGAGGAGGACCUCUACAUCCCUCAACGGGCCAUCAACAGCAAGCCUCCGGAGUUGGCAGUCUGCCGCACAACAUGGCCACACCUCCGAAUCCGUUUCUCAUGUUCCACGGAAGCCCUUUCUUCCCACCGGGAUUCCGUCCGUAUCCCGGAAUGCCCGGCAUCUUCCCACCAAACCCCGCUCAAGCUCCCCAAUUUCCCUUGUCAUUCUUCCCCAAACCGUCUCCUGUUCCGGUUGAAAUGGACCGCAAGACUCCAUCGCCACGCCACAUGAGCCUGAUGGAGCAGUACGGUCAGCAGACGAUGAAGAUUUCCCCACCCACGGCGGAAGAAGCCACCAACCAUCUGAGACCAUCUCCAGCCCGUCCGAUCCCGGUCAACUUCAACUCGAUCCCAUCGAUGACUUCAACUCCGAUUGCACCAACUGCAACUGCAACGGCUACCAAUACAGCAAUCGCAGCCCAGUUAAACAACAACAAUCACAUCAAAGCGGACACCCUGAACCGUAGCCGGGAGAAUGGUUCCCUGAACAGUAGUCUGGCCUCGCGGGGAAUUCCAUCGGAAGUGCACAGCUCCGAAGACGAACUGCCACCGGGUGGAUCGAUUCGGGUGAAGGACUUUUCCAUCUGCUCUACCGCGUCCUCGUCCGGGUCGUUGGAGAUCAAAGAGGAACGGCAAUCUCCGCUAAUGUUGCUUGGCAAGCGGAGGAAGCCCUCGAUCGAUGUGGUUAAGGAAGAGGAGGAGGAGGAGGAGGAGGAAGAGGAAGAACAGGAGGAGAACGAUAACGAGCAGAAAGAUGAAGGGGAAUCGGAGCUGCCAGUUAAGAUUCCAAAGCUCGAAACCCCAUCGGAACAACCGCUGGAUCUGAGCGUGACCAAGAAGAAGAACGGCACCCGCAGUCCGACACCGAUCGAGGUGACCACACCGACUCCGACUCCAACUCUGACAUUGGAACCCACGCCGGCCAGAAGCGUCUCACCGAAGCCCAUCAGCUCUCCACAAAUGACCGUUCCGGCGAGUCCGUCACCGACGCCCUCGCCACGUCCCACCCCGUCGCCAUCGUCACCGGGUGCCCAGCAGAUCUCCUACCCGCGUCCCAUCUACCCGAUGCUGCUGGAGGCCAUGUACCGUCCAGGAAUACCAAAUUUCCAGCGGCCGCCGUUCAAUUUUUUAGGCUCCCUUGGCCCGAACUUUGACCUACUAAAACGUAACGCCUCGGCCGCCGCGUUUCCCCCGAAGCCCUUCCACGAGGUCAUUAUGGCCGCCGGUGGGCUGACCGGCGGUGGAAAGGUCAAGGACCGCUACUCGUGCAAAUUCUGCGGCAAGAUAUUUCCCCGCUCGGCUAAUCUGACGCGCCACCUACGCACCCACACCGGUGAGCAGCCCUACAAAUGUCGGUACUGUGAACGGUCAUUUAGUAUCUCUAGUAAUUUGCAGCGUCAUGUGCGUAACAUUCACAACAAAGAGCGUCCGUUCAAGUGUCACCUGUGUGAGCGCUGCUUUGGUCAGCAGACGAAUCUCGAUCGGCACCUGAAGAAACAUGAUGCCGACGCGGCCGGACUCGGAAUAGGCCUCGGCGAUUCGCCUUCGUCUAACGAGGCCGAACGGGAGGAUGCCUAUUUCGACGAGAUUCGCUCGUUCAUGGGCAAAGUGACGUACUCGGGAGCAGCAACGGUGGCCGGGUCCCGUGGGCAUCACCAUGGCACCAGUGGUCAUCUGUACACACCGAUCGAUGUGACCACGGUCGAACCGGAACUGGAGGACGGAUCCAGCGAUGUCGAGAGCGACAUGAUCAACAUCGACUCCGACAAAGAACCGAUGAACAACAACGACACGAUAGAGGUUUCCACCUAAGCAGGUGAAAGACGGCGGACAGCGAAGCGAACAAUGUGUAAAUAGAGCUGUUGAUUGGACCAAUAACCGAACGAUUCUGCACGGUCCUAACGAAAAUCCAACGGGAUUUGUAAAUACUUGAGGACCCAUCCAAAAACA